AAUGUUUUUGAGGGGCAAGUGAUUUUUAAUGGUGACUUUUUUUCCCUUCUUUUCAGAGAACAGAGCCUGUACUGGUUAGCAAUUCAGCAGCUCCCCACAGAUCCCAUUGAGGAACAGUUUCCUGUGAAGAAUGUCACACGCUAUUACAAUGCUAAUGGAGAUGUAGUUGAGGAGGAGGAAAAUUCAUGCUCGUAUUAUGAAUGUCAUUACCCGCCAUGCACAAUGAUAGAGAAACAGCUUCGAGAAUUCAAUAUAUGUGGUCGAUGUCAGGUAGCACGGUAUUGUGGGUCCCAGUGUCAGCAGAAGGACUGGCCUGCACACAAGAAGCAUUGCAGAGAGAAGAAACGCAGUUUUUUCAUAGACAUUGAACCAGAACGAUGACCAGGAAAAGACAUUUAUGGCAGCACGGUUCCUUCAUUUGCAGGAAUUUUGUUUUCGGGUUUUCUUUUUUUUUUUUUUUUUCCCUUUUGAUUUUCCUUUUUGCACAAUGACUGAAAAGACUGGCAAGAAAGCCUAAGCACUGAAAAGUUGCCUCUAUGCUUGAGUGAAUUCCCACAUCCUGAAGUCCAGUGGUAUUUCUAGGUUCUCAAGCAGAAGGACUACUGAGGUGGCUUCAGACUGAAGCGCCUAACUAUUUAUAUAUGUUAAUAUAUUUGUAAUCUUAUGUACAGUUUUUUUUAUGUUAUAGGAAACUAUGAACAGAGUGCAUUGAUGUAAUAUUCCAGGAAAACGAUUUAUGUAAAUAAAUGUGUGAAUGUGCAGCAAAA